AUGUCCAUCCACCAAGCCGGCACCGCCGACGGCUGGCACGGCAUCGUCCCGAGUACCGCCUUCCCCGCCGAACCCGACCGCUACCACCUGUACAUCGGACACUUCUGCCCAUUCGCCCACCGCGUCAACAUCGUCCGACACCUCAAGGGCCUCACCGACCUCAUUAAAGUCAGCGUUGUGCGAGCGUACCCGAAGGGAGAUUUAAAGGGUUGGCCAGGAUGGAAGUUCCCUGCUUCGGACGACGAGUACCCCGGGGCAACGGUGGAUCAUCUUUACGGGGAGGAUUACCUGCACAAGGUAUAUUUCCGGGCGGAUCCAGAAUAUAAGGGCCGGUAUUCGGUACCCUUGUUGUGGGAUACGAAGACGGGGACGGCGGUUUGUAAUGAAAGUCUAGAAAUGCUCCGCUGGCUCCCCAAAGCAUUCAACUCCCAGAUCUCGCCGUCGCUGGCUGAGAUUGACCUCUACCCUAGCCAUCUCCAAGCAAAGAUUGACGCCAUCAGUCCGUGGAUGCAAUCGGAUGUGAACUCUGGGGUGUACAAGGCCGGAUUUACAGACUCGCAGGAGGAAUACAACGACAAGGUGGUUCGCGUAUUCGGGGCGCUGAACAAGCUUGAGCGCAUUAUCGCGCAGAAUGGAGGCCCGUUCGUGCUAGGAAAAGAGAUGACAGAGUUGGAUGUGAUGCUGUAUACAACAUUGAUUCGAUUCGACGUGGUGUAUGUGGAGCACUUCAAGUGUAAUCUGGGGACCAUCCGUCAUGAUUAUCCGGUGCUGCAUAACUGGUUGAAGGGGAUGUAUUGGGAUGUGGAGGCUGCGAGAGAUACUACAGAUUUCAAGCAUAUCAAGGAGAAUUAUACGAAGAGCCACUGGCACAUCAACCCCAGGGCGAUCACACCGCUGGGCCCAUGUCCAGACAUCGAGGAGGGGGUGGAGAGGGAUUGGACCAAGUUGCGUGUCGGAGGGGUGAAGCAUCCAGCCGUGUUGGAACAUGAGGCCAGUAUUCCCGAUCUAAGUCAGUAG